AAUCCAAUCACAGCCAGCACAUCCUCACGAUGUGUCGCGGAAAACCGUUUGUCGUGACGUCUUUCCUGUUUUUCACCAUUUUCUUUGAUAGCUUUCCCGAGUCGGAAGGUUUUUUGGGAGUGAGGAAACAGAAUUUGAAUCUUUUGACGGAUCUUGUUCCUUUGGAACAGGGCAAUGUGUCGACUUUGUUUUACGAACAGAAGUUAGAUCAUUUCACGACAGGGGAGGCCAGGACAUGGAAACAGGAUAUCACGUCAGCGAAGAUUACGUUUCUGAAACGAGAAACAGAGCUUACUUGUAUCUGGGUGGUGAGAGUUCGUUGAGAUCCACUUGUGCUUCGUCUGGAGCCUGGAUAGAACAUAUCAAGGAAUAUGGAGGUCUGGUGGUAUGUCUGGAGCACCGUUAUUAUGGAGAAAGCCAACCUUUAGAAAAUUUAAGCACAGAAAAUUUAAAGUACCUGUCAAGUACGCAAGCUUUAGAAGAUGCGGCCACGUUUAUACAAUUUAUAAAUACACAAUACAACUUGACAAGCGAUGUCAAAUGGAUUGUAUACGGUGCCUCCUAUUCGGGUAGUCUUGCGGCUUGGUUAAGACUGAAGUACCCACAUUUAGUGGCGGGAGCUGUAUCUCACAGCGGACCAUUAGAAGCAGUACUGGAAUUCAAAGAAUAUCUACAAGUUGUUCUUGAUGAUUUCGCAUCCCACAGCACCCAGUGCCUGACCAACAUUAAAGCAGCCUUCACAGAGUUAGAGGAAGUGGUAUCCAGUUGUCUGGAAGACUCAGAAAUCUACAACUACGUGGAUGAAGUGCUGACACUUUGUGACAGUAUCGAACAAAGCGAAGGAAACGAUAAAGAUUUGGCAAGCUUCUUCGAGGUGUUGGCAGAUGAUAAUUUUGCUUACGUGGCACAGUAUAACAAGAAUCCGAGUCUUGGCAAUCUUACUGUCGAUUUUGUUUGCGAUAUUAUGGUUGACGAAUCCAUAGGAACUGUCGUAGAUAGAUUAGGCAAAGUAAAUACGGCAGUAUUAAAUAAAACAGGAAGCGAAUGUCUGGAUUACACAUACACCUCAAUGAUUACGCAGUAUACCAACGUCACAGCCGAUCCAAGUUCAAUGAUGCGACAGUGGUUCUACCAAACAUGCACAGAAUUCGGAUUCUUCCAAACAUCGGCCCAAGAUGAUCCAGUGUUUGGAUCCAGAUUUGACAUCGAUUUCUUCGUGGAAACCUGUCAAGAUCUCUUUGGCACGGAAUUCAACGAAAGUUUAAUUACUGCGGGUAUUAAUCAAGUUAAUACCAGAUAUGGUGCUACUAACAUCAAGGCCUCGAACGUAGUUUAUGUUCAUGGUUCUAUGGAUCCGUGGCAUGUAUUGGGCAAAUUAGAAGACGACAACGAAGUCGGAUCUAAGGCUAUUGUCAUUCAAGGGUUGUCUCAUUGUGCUGGAUAUUAUACCGCUAGAGCGAAUGAUUCUGAUGAUCUCAUUAAUGCCAGAGCAGAAGUACACAAAUUGGUGGGAGAAUGGUUGACAGGGGAAAGUACAAGUUCAGGUUUCAAGACUACCAGUUUUUCACUGUUUGUUAUUAUUCUGAUUAGCAUUUACGCGAUGAUAGUGUAGAGAAGACGAUUUUUUUUAUUGUUGUUUAUUUGGUGGAAUAAAAUUUUUAAAAACGA